UUGACUUUCAGCAUUUUGUUUAUGAGUGUGCCUGGCUGAUUCUAAUCUGGUUCACUUGAACUCAAUAAGAUAAAAUGGGACGGUGUAACAGGAGUUGUGCGAUAGUGCCUUUGUCAAUCUAUAUGGUGAAUCUUGUAAACGCGUAAUCUAUCGUUCUAUAGAGAUGGAGCAGUAGAAGGUUGGUUUUAAUUGCUCUGCUAGUAGAUUGCAAAGUCUUUAAGCAAAGACCGCGAAGUUACAUAAAAUGUUUCUUUUCAGAACAAACUGCGCAUUGCCAGAAAUGUACGGGAAAAGGUGCACGGGGAUGUGACAGCUUUUGGAGAGCUUAUUCUUGAUGUUCAGCUUCAUGAAGGUCGCAACCUCAAGAAGACCUUUUAUGAAAAACUUACUAGCUUGAUGAUGGACAAUGUGAUGGAUCCAUACUUUCGAUUUGAAGUUACUCAUCCAUUGAGUUCAGAUAGCAACUCAUUGCAGAGAUCUUCAAGCAAGGAUAACCAGGAAAACCCCAAGUGGAAGGCGGAAGAGUUUUCUUUUCUUCUUGAUGAAGAGAAAGGACCAGGUCAACUAGAAGUGACUCUUUGGGAUGCCAACUACGUAAUUGACAGUAUGAUGUCUGAGCCUGUUGUCAUUAACUUGAGUAAUCUUGAGAUUGGAACUGGAUUUAAGAAGCAGACACUGAAGAUUCACGGAUCAGGUGAGGUGGACAUCUCACUUCGACUUCGAAAGGAAGAGGGGACUGAUGUGGAUUACUUUAGCGGUGAUGAAGAAGAGAGACGUAAGCAGUCAGCUAUAGAUAAGGAGUUAUAUCCCAAAAAAUAUAUUCGCCGUUUGGAUGUCUUUAUUCACGAAGGUCGUCACCUGCAUAAAUCGUUUUAUCAGAAAUUGUCCCAGUUUAUGACUGAUACUAUGAUGGAUCCUUACGUACAAGUGCACGUAACUAAGCCUUGGAUAAAGGCACAAGAUGCAGAUACACAGAACACAGUCUUUAGGACUAACACAGAGAAUCCCGUAUGGGAAGAAGAACUCUCAUUUCUCAUUGAUUCACGUCAAGGACUAGGGCAACUAGAGAUGACGAUCUGGGAUUCCAACUAUGUGUUGGAUCAAGCAUUGACUGAUCCUGUUGUUGUUGAACUGAAUGAUAUUCAAGAAAUGGGUAAAGGAUUUCAUCGAAGAACGUUUUCGGCUUACGGUGGUGGAGAGUUGGACGUUUCUUUCCAGAUAAGGAUACCGACUGCUGACGUGAGGUUUGGACAAGAGGUUCACGAAAAGGAGAGAGAAAUAGUAAGGAAAAGACAGAGGCUAGCUGCAGCUGCAAUCAAGACUACCCUAGGAAUUGGAGACAAUGCCAUAGUUCCCGUUGUCGGGGUAGUCGGUUCUGGUGGUGGUGCUCGAGCCAUGAUCGGGUUUUCUGGUGCAAUCAGAGGUUUGCAAGAGGCAGGAAUAUUGGACUGCUGCACGUAUGCAUCAGCUUUGUCAGGAUCUACAUGGUAUUUAUCUGUGCUAUACGCACUGGAGCAGUUUCCCGACGUUACGAAAUGCACUGAAUACCUCAAAGACAGAUGCACACAGAUGGGUCCAAUUAUGAGUCCUGAAAAGAUGGGCGAUCACGUGGACGUCGUUGUUCAUAAAUAUUACGAUGGACUUGAUGCGUCUUUGGUUGAUAUAUGGGCAGCGAUGAUUGGUAAGGUUCUUGAACCUCGUUUGGAAAAGAAAGAAAGGACCAGAUUGUCAGAUACACAAGAUCGUGUGCAGACAUGCGAAUUGCCGUUUCCUAUCUACACUGCCGUGUUUGUGAAAGAAGAGACACCAACAGAGGCCUAUGCUGAUUGGCUUGAAUUUACUCCUUUUGAGUAUGGUAUCCGUAACUUGAGAGUCUUUGCAGCAAUAGAGGACAUUGGAAGUGACAGGGUUAAUGGGAUCGUUUGCAGAAGAUACGAAGAAUUUUCUAUGGGUUUCUUGCAGGGUUUGUGGGGGAGUGCUUUCGCCAGUGCCAUUCGGGUAUGGAUUACAAGGAUUUUUGGACGGCAUUCAACGUUAGGUUCAUUCUUGAAUUCGAGUCUCAACUUUCUUGACCUCGACGAUUGGCGCCCUUUGGCUGCUUCGCUACCAAAUUACAUGAAAGGCAUUUCCACGGUUCCUCAGUCUAGACGGCUGUUGCGUGGUUCUUUGAAAGAAAUGUUUAAAGAUCAUCUUUCUACAGAUCACCUUUACUUGGAUCACAAACCAAGCGAAGAGGAAAUUGCCAAACAGUUUAUGGGCGCAGGCAAGAUGGAGCAGGAAGAAGCUUUCAGCAAGAAGAAGACAAACGCACACCGAGCCGGCCGAGUUUCUCGACAGGGAACUAGCCGAAAUAGGCUGUUGUCUGAAAGCAUUCGAGAACAAGAUGGUUUAACUGUUGUGGACGCCGGGUUGGAUUUCAAUCUACCAUUCCCACCUCUUUUACGUCCUGAGCGUCAAGUCGACAUAUUCAUUGCAUUUGAUUUUUCUUGGUAUGGCUCUGAAAAAUCCGAUCCUUUCAAGGAACUACGUAAGGCCAAGGAAUGGGCAGACGAGAACGGUUAUAAAUUUCCCAAGAUUCCAGAAAAAGCGUUUGAUCCUGAAAACCCGAAGGAGUACUACAUUGUGGAGGAUGCUGAAGAUCCUGACUGUCCUAUCGUAAUCUUAUUUGCUUAUUGCAACAAUGCUCUUAAGAAAGCUGUCAUUUCUGGUCAAAACGACGACCUUGCUAACGUCGAACCGUACGCCUCCGUAUACAACACAUUUAAUUUCAAAUACGAAGCUGACGAUUUUCUGCGUUUGCAUGAGUUGUGGCACUUCAACACUCUACUUGCUGUUGACGACAUUAAGAAAGUCAUUGCCAAGAAACUUCAGUAACGAGUCAGUUUACGUUUGAAUUUUGGCACAUUCUGUCUUUGUUCAGUUUAGGCAUCUCUACGUUCUUUUUCUGCAGCAUAGAAUAAUCGAUUAGUUUUGAAGUACAAUGUUAUGGGGAAAUAUGGCAUGAUGUUUAUGCCUAAAUUUGCGUCGCAGACUGUCAAUUUGUGCAACUUUUGGUUCUGUUUGCUUGCUUGGCUAGAAUUGCAUGGUGAAAGGGAACGAAUGCUAGGAAAGCUUGAAAAUGUAAGCAUUAAUAGAUUGGCUUGAGAUCUGA